AUGCAGCAGAUGGUAAUCACGUAUGUCCUGUCCGGACUGGCGAACAUCGCCGAUGUGAACCCGAGGGACGUUCACACCUCCUUGUUCAACGGUAAUGUGCGGGUCAACAACUUGUCACUGCGUCCAGAGACAAUGAACAAAAUCUUGCCGCUGCCUAUCGAGGAAGGCACGGUGCCCGAAAUGGAGCUGCAAAUUCCAAACCCCUCAACGGCGACCCCGAUGGAGGUCAAGGUACACCGCGGCAGACUGCUGCUGCCGCUAGAUCUCUCCUCACCGCCUCUGGACCGCACACCGGAGCAGAUUUUGCACGGCGUCACGGAACACUCCAUCCUUGGUGCUGCCGCUGCGGAGGCGGCGGAUGCCAGCUCGGAGCCAGUGUCACCCGUUAGCGAACCGGAGCCGGCGUCGUACGACUACUCUUGUGCCAACUCCGAUAUGGAUGAAGAGGACUUCGUGUCGUGUGCCAGCGAUGGCGAUCUUUCAGAUAGCGAUUCCACGUGCGGCGGCAGCGGCUUCGGAUCCCCGACGUCGGCUGACGAGAUGCAGGCGGCUGAGGUUGCAAAACAGAGCGCUGGCUGGUUUGACUACCUGCGCUCGCGCGCGGCGCAGUCGGUGGAGUGGAUCUGGCGUCGGCAGCUGCGAAUUACCUUCACCGACCUCACCCUGAUUCUGCCGUGUGACGCACGCAAGAAAAUACACUUCGAAAUUAGCGUCAACUCCUUUGUCGUCACAAUAGAGCCGGCGCAGACCACCGGUCGUGAGCAGAUGAAGAUUGUGAGCAUGGAGAUCGGUGGCGGCAGCGUCUUUGCCAGCGCCGACGACGUCCGCAGCUGUGUCAUCGUCGUGGAGGCGCUCUCUAUCAAAAUCACAACGGUGUAUGAGACGGGCACGGAGCGGGUCCUGCGCAAGAACGUAGCCCUCUCCUUCAACGGCACCAACACUCUGACGGCUGACGAAGUAACCCUCCUUGCGCUGCUCAAGUGCCAUCUGUCGCGGCAGAUGCGCCUCAGCGUGCCAGCCUACUGUCUGCCAUUCUCGAGUCUUCGUGCCCGCGGCUCGCUUUGGCCGUAUGUGAAGUGUUGCGUCGUGCAGGGACUGCGGGACUACCGACAGCGCUACAACUUCAACGCCUCGCACCUGCGCUUCUAUGCCCACGCGAGGGAGCGCUACGUGCAGCUGCUGAACGAGUGCCACCGUAAUCAGAACGUCGAGGAUCGGCGGCAGGCGCUCGCGGACGCCGAGCAGGACCUGCGGUAUGAAGACGUCAUCUUGUAUUUUCGCCGGCUCGUGCAGGCCAAGUACGCCGCGAACGCCGCCGCGCCGGUCGCGGAGGAUGUGGCGAAGCUGGAGUCUGCUGUCGUGUCCUCCACACACUUUGAGUGGAAGUUGGUGAAGGUCGUCUUGCCGGCACGCAACACUGUAUUUGCCCGCAACACGGCACUUGUCUUCCGAAACGGGGAGACAGUAUUCACUAUUGCCUCCAUCUCACUCGACACCAAUGGCGCGGUGCAAACCAUGAUCGCUCCCACGACGAGCACGGUGGCACCGUGGGAGCUGCGCAACUCCACGUUCAAUGAAGAUACAGCGCUCGUUUACUUGCACACAAAGGAGGACUAUGUGUCGAGCGAGACCAAGGUGAUCCUGCAGCAGAUUGCACUGAAGGGGAGCAUGGAAGGCGUGCUGUGCUGUCUGAUGCCCAUCGCCGAGGCGCUGCAGCAAAUCGGGGAGCAAGAGAAAUGUGGUGCUACCACCCAGGUUGUGCAGCCGGGACGCUUAGGCAUCCCUCCUGCAGCGGGUGUGGUGAGGCCGUCGACGACGAUUCUAGCCGUGCACAGCGUGUCGGUACAGCUGGACGACUUUUGUUUCCUCCUCGACCGCCUUUCCGCCACCAGCGCCAAGGCACCGGGAACCCCCGACAAGCUCGGCUGCACUCUGCGCCAGAGCUACUUGCGCCACAAGACUACCUACGUCUUGGCCCCACUCGAGGUCCGCAUGACUGCGCGUGGUGGCGUGGUGGUGUCGCGCGUUGCGCUCGAGGUGCCGCGUGAGACUUGGACGGUGUGGCGCCGCGAUGCUGACAGCCUUCGCCUGCUGUGCCAGAAGCUACCUCGGCUCGCUAGCGCCGGCGUCGCCCAUGCCACUGCUGCUCCUGCGUCGUCCUCCCCCAGCACGAGCCUAGACGCCCUGAAAGCCAUGACCAAGGUAUUGCAGUGGUCACCGGUCUCCAGCUGCCCACCCUUCGAGGUGGAGGAGGUGGCCGUGAACUUCUCUCCACUCGACUGCACAAUUGCCUUGCAUCAAGUCGCUGUGCAGACAGUGUCGCCGUUUCCCAGCAGAUCGUACGGCACGCACUUCACGCUUCGACACGCCUCCGUUGAGUGCCACUACACAGGACGCUUGGGCCUCUACAUAGCACUAGAAGACGGCAUGCGCGUUGGCAUGAGCACAGAACCCGCUGCGGCUCUUGCGAUGUCUAUCCCUUCUAUCUACAUCACAGGGCGCCGUGACAAGGAGGCGGCAGAGCUGUCACUGCUCGAGAUUCGACGCUUCGAGGCCGUCACACACAGCACUGUGCAGUACGCGAGCAUGUCUGGCGUGUCGGUGGCCGGCAGCGUCCAGCUAGCGGAGGUAGACUUGAUUUACAAGACGGACCCGAGCGUGGCGCCGCUGGCUGACCGACCGUGUCUCACCUCUUACGUGCAGGUGGCUGUUCGAGUGAACGCCAUCGACUUGGGCCAGCUAUGCGCCGUACCAUCGCAUGCGGUAGCCUGUGUCUUAGGCGAGAUCUACCGCUUCGCGUGCGCGGAAAUCGUCUCGGAGGAGUACUACCGCACCUUCUUCAGCUGCUUCAGCGACGUGGCACUGCAGGUGGUGAUGCGUGAGUGUGUGGUGCGCUAUGGCCCCAUUGGGGGGCACCCGACACCCGGCAAGGAGUUGUUGCUGUCCAUGUCCAACACGGCCAGCGAGGAGCGGGUCACGGCGCUCGAUGUAUACCAACCGCACCUCUUCGCCACACCAGAGAACUUUCCGAUACUAAUUCUGAACGAUGUCGGGCGACUCUCUAUGGACGUUGACGUGUCGCAGCUGACGGUGCUCCUCUCUACGCCUGUGGCGACGUCUCCCUCGAGCGUGGCGGUGAUAGUGAACGUGAUGCACUGGCGGAUGCCGCUGGAGAAGAUGCCAUUCUGGUGUGCAGAGGCGCAGGAGAUUCCGCCGGUGCCGCAGCAGAUCACCUUGGAGGCGGUGCGGGUAAUUGCGCGUGUCGACCGCACGCGCGCGGACCUACAGCCGGCACUGGCGGCUUCCCUGUCAGCACUUACGGCGGAGACUGUCAGCGGCGCUGGCGCUGCCGCGGCGGACUCGCCCGGGCUCCCCAUUUCGAGGGAUCUCCAGCUGAGUCCGUCGGAGAGCGACCGCGGCAGCUGCGCUUCCUCGACCGAGGAGCAGUGUGAGACGACGCAAGUGUCAAUGCGGCGGUGGAGUGUCGACGUGGACUUGUCGGCGCCGGUCUCUGACCUUGGCAAGCUGCAGCACAUGCUCAGCGCCGUCGCUUCAGCGCAGCAGUGCCUCACCCGCCGCAUCGUCCUGCGCGAGAGCGUCACUGCAACAAACUUUGACUUGGACGACUGCGGCGACGUCUUCCUCGACGCGCCGACUCAGAUUCUUGUUGUGGAGAGCUGUUCAUUUCGCGGAUCGUCGAGCGACCGACACGUCGUGGUUUGCCCAGGCACCUCGGCGGUGUUUCGACGAUGCGUGUUUCCCCACCGCGGCGGUGACGACCUCAUCCGCGUGUCUAGCCGAUCGGCUCUCUUCCUGUGCGAGGACUGUUGCGCCGAGGGUGAGGCGGCACCCGUGGCCAUGGCCUCCCCCGCUGCCACCACAGCUCCCACCGUGCCGUCGCCGAGGAGCAGCGCUGCGGACACCGGCGUGAGGCCGCGGCGACGCACGCAGGUGACGGUCGAGGAAGGCUGCGUCUCCAUCGGGCUCGACGCCAGUUCACGGGUGGUGCUCACGCAGCGAGCGCUCGCCUUCACCUACAAGCAGAAGACUCGCCGCUCCUUCUUUAAGCUGCGCAAUGGCGAGGUUCGAAUCGAGUACGCGGACGCAGGACAGCGGGUACCUGUGCUUACAAAAACGUCCGUGGAGGGCGACUUCGCCCUGUAUCUGCCGAAUCGCUCGUGCUCCGCGAGCUGUUCGGUCACUUGCGGCGAGGUGACCAUCCCACUUCUGCUCUCCAAGGUGCAUGCUGCUCAGGAGCGUCUGGAGCUGCUGACCAGUUUCUCACGCGCGGAGGCGGCUGGCGCAGCCGAGCGGGCAGCGGCUUCCGCAGACGACCUUUCGGCGGUGGCCUACGUUGUCCCGCCGCCACCGUCAGCUUCUCCGGAGGAGCAGCAGCGUUUUCCGUACAACUCGUGGAAGCUGCUGCUGUCUCUCUCCCUCAUUCCGGUGACGGUGAGACUUCUUGGCGGCAUGACGGUGGCGCGGGUCACCUUCUCGAACGCCUUUGUGUGGUCCAAGCGGGAGCCUUUCGCUGAGGCGCAGCUGGAGGCCCGCAUCGCCGUACACGACAUGGCGCUGUGGGAGUGGCGUGAGCAGUCCUUCCAGCCCGUCGUGGCCAGCCCUGUCUUCGUCGGCGUGCAGGGUCGUAUGCCGACUUCUCUCAGCGCGACCGUGACGGCGUCUGUCUCUCCCAUAGAAGCUGCCGUAUCGACAGACCAGGUGAAGUUGAUGCUCCACGCCCUGUCCAGCAAAGCAGCGGCUGCAGUGUCUGCGCGUGCAGCAACGGCACGAGCACAGAUGGAAAGCAUCUCGUCACAGGGACUUUGCUGGUCUAACUACACCGGUGUCGCUCUGCAGGCGCGCGGCGGGCACGGCGCGAUCGUCCGCGUUCCGGCGAGGCCGCAAGCAGCAGGAGACGCGCCGUCACAGGUCUCGGAGGCAACCAGCGCGGUUGCACCGUUCAUCGUCAAGGAGAUCGACGGGACGGCCGUAGACCACGUGGAGCGCGACGUCGUCGAGAAAGAAGGGAGUGGGACGGGCUCGGCGCCGGGGUACCUGACGCCGCUCUUUGUGUCGCGUAAGACGGUGGUGUUGGCCGACAAGCGGUGCUUCCACGUUACUUCCACGCUGAAGCGCGACUUGGUGCACGUCAUCUCCGUGCGCACGCUGGUGCAGAUCGAGAACGAGACACCGCUUCCUCUCGUGCUCACAACCGGCGGCCAAAGCGCGUACGUAGUGGAGCCCUUCACGCUCUCAUGUGUCCCAGAGGCGAUGCUGCACUGCACUGACCUCGGUGUAGCGGUGAAGCUGACGAGGGCGGGUGCCGCUACGCUGAGGGAGCCGCUGUUGCCAGAGUCCAUACCCGCCAUGGAUUUCUAUCAGUGGUGCCAUCAACAGGGUCAUGCCCCCGCGGACAUGGCGCGCGAGUUUGUCUCUCAGCUGGACGGGUCUUCAACGUUCAUGGUGACCAUGUUCGAACUGCAAGGCCCUGUGCUGCUCUUGCGCUUCCGUGCUGCGAGGCCGCACGUGGUAAACGACACAGUGUACCCGCUGCGCGUCACCGCCGUCAACACCCUUGGUGCGAUGCUGGCGAGCGAGUAUGUUCUUGCAGGAGGGCGGGCAUACUUCCUCAAUCUGCCACCGACCGGGGCGGUGCAUGGCGAUGUGCAUCUUUGUGUGGACGACGACGUGUACGAGGCGCACGUUGACGAGGCCCUGUUCGACCGCGAGACGGCCCGCAGGAAUAGCAGCGUGCUCAUGACCCAUCAGGCGCACCCACGCCGCUACUUCUUUCACUUGCGCUUGUCUGUGGAGAGCAGGGGGCCGGCUGGAGAGCACGGCGUAGCCGUCACAGCCGGCUGUCACUGCCUUGUGAAGAACUGCACCACGGUGGACCUCUUCUUCUCCACCGACGAGGGCGACUCUGUCGGGACCAUGGGUACGAGGGGGCUCCCAGGCUUCACUGCCUCCGGCGCGGUCGGUUACGUUCCCUCGAACGUGGUACUGCGUAUCAAGCCGAAGGGUGCUGCCUUAUCCGAGGCCUUCGAGAUUGACGGUAGCGGUGAAGGGUGCGUCAUCCAGUGCGACCAUGCCCCCGAGGCGAGCGCCUUCUCCGCGUUGUACUUCCUUCUGCGUAUUGUCUCAGCCAGCCCUGCCCACCGCCUCGCGGAGCUGCUGCCCGCGGUGGUGUUCCGCAACCGCGACGCCCGCAACACGCUGCUCGUCAAGCACGUCGUCCGGGAAGCGGGUGCCGUCAAAAUACUAGAGGAGACCGUGUUCGAGGUGCCACCACAUAGUGACUACUGCUACUACACUCUGUCCAAGUACGGCUACACAAACGACCUUCUCUUUGCGUGGUGCAGUAGCAGCGGCGGGUGCGCUGCCACGGCGAGCAGUUUCUCCUCCGUUGUCGAGACGGACCUGGCUCCUGGCACGACGUGGAGCGGGUUAGUGUGCGUGGGCGCCACCCAUCAUCAGAUUGACAUCGCGAAGGGAAGCCUCUACGAGACGGCGUACGUGACAGUCGGCCCGGCUGUGCUGCCGCGGGUGAAGCUGGUGAACCUCUCCAGCAUCAACUUCCGUGACGUGGGCCGCUACCAAGUCGCUUUCCCUCGACCCUCCAAGAACAACAAGUACCUGCUCCUCACGAGCGCCGAUGGCGCUGUGUACACGGUGGAUCUGCUGCAAGAAGAGCCGUUGGAGCUCGAGGCGGGGGUGACGGUGCAGACAAUUCGUGAUGAGUGUGAUCGGUGCUGCGUGGUGCUGUCAAGCAGGUGGGCAUUCACGACCAAAGGCAAGACGUGGGCAGAGGAGGUUCAGAUUUCAGUCAAUGUGCAGACGAACGGCGUGUCGCUGCGCCUGCGUGACGCGAGCACUGUUCCGCUGCAUCUCUGGUGGCGGUCACUGGCGGCGAACGUCCUGUGGACUCAGACGAUCUCCUUGCAGUGCAGCGUGGCUGGCAUCUGCCUCGAGAGCAACUAUGAGGGCCGCAAGCAGCAGGUAGCUGAGCCCUUCGACGCUGAUGUGAGCCUUCGCGAGAUGCGCCGCACGAGCCGGGACGUCUACCUCAAGGGCUUCUAUCUUGGCCUGCAGCAGCUCACCAUCACCGUCUCCGAAGUUCUGCUGUAUCAGCUACAGAUGGUCGCAUCGUGCUGCCGUGUAGACACAAUGUUUGACCCACUGGCAUGGGUGCAGGAGCCUACCGUGGUGGCGUUGCUGCGGAGUCUGCCCGCCACCCUGCCGCAACACCUGCACAUUGGGAGCGCUAGCAUCGCAGAGACGCCGCUGGAGCUGAGCUGGGACCGCAGCACACGUCCGCCGCAUGACUUUCUGCUCGGCGACUCAGCAAUCUCAAAGCUGAUUCCGUCCCUCCAUCAUGCCAUGCUCGUCUUGCCAAAAUUACAGCUCCGAAAUGUGUCGCGUGUGUCGCUGGCGGAGCUGAUCGGUCGUGUAAGGCAAAUUCUCAUAAUGGAGGUGGUGAAGCAGAUACCCAAGAUGGUCACCACGGUAGGUUUCUUCAAGAAGAACUCGUCCCUUCUUGAGAAGGUCACUUCCACCGUGUCGUCGUUUCUCUUCCGUCCCUCGGCCGCGACGGACACCACCGACGACGGCGGCUCGGCGCUGAUAUGA